AAUUUAUUGUUUUUGUACAUUGAAGUGUAUGAAUUUUUUUUAUGAUGCUAAGUAAUCGCUUCUUAUGACGGUAACUAAUACUAACAAUGAUUGUUUCACAAAAUUAUUCAGACAAAUGGAAAUUCAAAAAUCUUCAAUGCAACCAGCAAAAAGAUCAAGACGAGCAACACCGUCAACUCAAAGGACAUGGACUCCUACAGAAGAAAGUACUCUUAUAAAUGGUUUGAAAGAGUUAUGUGUUAAUGGUUGGAGAGCUGAUAAUGGGACUUUUAGGCCAGGAUAUCUGAUGGAGUUGGAGGACUAUUUGCAUGAACAUCAUCCUGAAAGUGGCUUGAAAGGUGAACCACAUGUCAAUUCUAAAUUAAAAUUUUGGAAGAGAUGUUAUGCAAGCUUAAGUUUACUAAAAGGUAGGAGUGGUUUGGGAUUUCAAUAUAGUGAUGGAACUAUAAUUAUUGAUGAUCCAAAAGAAUGGGAUAAAUUUUUAAAGGAUGAUCCUGGUGCAAGCAACAUGAAUACUAAAAAAUGGCCACUGUUUGCGGAUUGGGAGGAAAUUUUUGGAAAAGAUAGGGCAACUGGAGAACAUGCAGAAGGGCCACUGGAUGCUGUUGAGGAUAUCUUAAAGAGUCAAACAUCAAGACUUUCUACUGAUAUGAGUUUAGGAUUUCUUAUCAAUGUUGAUGACGAUGAAUAUGAAGAUGAAGCUAGUCAUGGACCUAAUGCACCUGCUGAAGAAGCUGAAAAUACUGAUACAAGACAUAAUUUUACUCAAACAACUGAAAAUGAAUAUGCUCGAGGAUCUCCUCAUGAACAUACUGGACCAUCUGAAAAGCAAGGUGAAUAAUAUGCUAAAACAUCUUCUAGUGUCAAUGAAAAAGAAAAAGGCAAGAAAAGAAAGAGGGUUGUGGAAGAUGUUAAUGAAACAUUUCUCAAGAGUAUGGCGGAAGUUAUGAAAUUUUUUACUGAAAGCCAAGAUAAAAGAAUUGGUUCCUUGAUCGAAAAGAUUGGAAAUCGUGACCACUCUGAUAUGCGUGGUCAAAUUUAUUCCAUCAUUGAAUCUCCUACAUUUGAUUUGUACACCAUAGAGCAACGUAUCAAAGCUAAAAAGGUUAUCUGUGAAGAUGUCAAAAAUAUGGAAAUCUUUUUACGUAUGGGUGAGCUUGAGCGCCAGACAAUGAUGUUCAUGGUCAUCAAUGAUAAACUUUGAAGUAUGAUAAGCUUGUGUAUAUAAAUGGUGGCACUAGUGUGAUAGUUUUUGCUCUACUAAUAGUUUCAAAUCAAAACUUU